GCCCAGACGCGCCACACCGGUGACCGUGCUGGCGUUGGGCGCAGCACGUACCACGACAACUUCGAGACCAUCUCUACCGACACUGCGCCGCAAUGGCGGAUUCGGCCUUCAGAGACGUUCCGGAGAUAUUCGAGGUGCGUCCAAAUCUCUCAUUGCACAGGAUAAGCGACACUGAGCGGCAAGACAGAGCUUGGACCCCAGAUUUGUGCCAUGUCGUAAAGAGCACCGGACGGAAUGGGCAACGCGACCUCGGAUCAUACCACUACGUGUCCGGUGUUGACGCGUCGUCCUCCGCAUCUCUCGCUGCAUACAUCAACUCCCUAACAUACGCUAUCGAGGACGACUCGGGCUGGUUCUCGAAGGGCUCAGCUUGGAAGGUUCGGAAUGGUUGCUAUUGCUGUUUCAACGCGUUCUCGCGCGUCGACGUACGCGUCGAUGUUAAGAUACCCGGUGGCGUGAACGCGUACAUUGUCGACCUGCGUGGCGAGAGACAUGACCUGACUCAGGACAUGCAAGACAUGUGGCAAGAGGUCUACCUCUCUGCAAUUCUACGAUCAAUCCUCUACUCCGACGACUCUGCGUAUUGGCUCGACGCGUAUCGCAAAGUCGACCCGAUCACAACUCCGGAAAGCGAGCUGCGCUUCCUGCAGGCGGCGGAGGCCCUGUUUAACAAAGGUUGGCAGGUUGGCUCGGAACCAGAAAUCCAGGUCGCGACCGUCGUCUCCAACCACCUCACGUCUGCUAUUAUGAAGUACUUCGGUGACAGUGGGCGGUUUCAACAUGCCGCCAACCUGUUCGAGAAGCUGAGCGCGAAGGAGCCCGAACUAUCGUCUCUCCUUGCGCGGAGUUACAUCGGUAUGAACGAAGAGGUGAAGGCAGUGCAGAUCAUGGCAGCAGCGGUCAAGCAAACACCACAAUCGUACACCCUCCUGCACGCGCAGUGCGACUUCCUCCGCUCGAAAGGCAACUACGAAUGGGCACUGAAGCUGGCCAAGCAAGCUGUCAACUGCGCGCCCAGCGAGUUCGUGACGUGGGAGAAGCUGACCGAGUUGUACAUUGAUCUCACUCAAUAUGAAUCAGCGCUUCUGACAUUGAACUCAUGUCCGAUGUUCACUUACAACGGCCGAGAUGCGCAUCGGAAUCUGACCGCGGCACGAAUACACCUUCCCCCGAAGGGCCAGAUCGUCGAGAUCCUUCCCGAGCGUACAAAAACAGAAGACGACGAUGCCGACCCCGCGCUCCUCCGCCUCCCAGCACCAGGCCUCCGCGGCACCUGGGCCCGCGCGUACGCACUCUUAACGCGCCUCGUCUCGCAAAUCGGGUGGGACGAGCUGCUCAAGACGCGGAGCUACGUCUUCGUCAUGGAGGAGGAAUACCGCAUGCAGAAAGCCCAGUCCGACAUCCGCACGCACUCACCCACCCCGACGCCCACGACCGCGAACGGCGCACUCCCGAAGCGCGAGGCGUCCCUCGCCGACAGCGCGACGCUGGUUUCGAAGGUGCAGGCGGACGACGACGCGUCGACGCGCGGGAUGGUGUCGCCAGGACACUCGCAGAACGCGUCCGCGGUGGGCGAGCCGGAGGGACUCGCGGCGAAUUCGGAUGCAGAGAACGCGGGGGAAGCGGAGAUCGCGGUGAAUGGGAACGGAGAGGCGCUGGAAAACGGGAUGGGCCACGCUGCGGGCGAAGCGCUGGAAAGGCCUGUGCAGGCUGCGGCUGGGACGGGCGAGGGUGCGCAGGAAGGUGAGCCGUCUGGGGGUCCAGGCCAGGAGGCGUUCUCGUUCAGCAACAAGCGUCUGUGUGAGCGAUGGCUUGACAAUCUCUUCAUGGUUCUCUAUGAGGAUCUGCGCGUCUGGACGAUUUUCCGCGCGGAAGUCGCACACUUCAAGACACAGCAUGUCGCGUACAGGAAGACAGCGCUUGAGUGGGAGAUCCUCGGAGACCUGGGUUCGCGCCUGCAGCACAAAGAGGAAGCUAAGGAGGCGUACACGCGUUGCCUAGACUCGCCUCGAUACUCGUACAAGCCGUGGUCGAAACUGCUCGACAUGUAUGCUGAGGAGGGCGACAUCCAGAGGACGCUGCAGGUCGCUAUCCGCGUCGCUGCGUACCAAUGGGGCGAAUAUACCGAAAUGACGUACCCGACGCAAAUAGCGCGCUGUCUCUUCAAGCUCGGCCAAAUACACGGGCACGCCAAAAUCUCGUACACGUUGUUGAGUAUGGGUCUUCCUGAGGGGAUCGCGAAGAUCAUGGAGGGGUAUCUGAACUACGGGAAAACGUUCAAGGUGGAGGGGUACGAUUUCUAAUCUCUCCAGCUUCUGCAGGUUGUACAUAGCCGGUGCUCCUUAUUUAAAGCUCCUUUCUUUGACUCUGACACCGAAGUCACGCGGAUUC